ACGCGUAGUUGAUCCCAUCAGCCAUCCCAAAGCCGCGUUUGCGCACUCAUCCUCUCCGUUGCAGUCAUGGAGCGGAAUAUUCAAGGUUUGAGCAAUGCAUCUCAGUUCGGAGGUACCGCUGCACCAUCCGAUGAGCUGACAACCGAGGCCCCUAGUACUCUCGCGUCAACGGCCUUUCAACGCGGCGCUCACACCUUGGUUGCUCUCAUAGAGUCAGAAAGGAGAAAGCUUAGGGAGGCCGCUGAUCAGAAACGAGCGGAACUGGAGAAGGAGCUCAGUGAGAUGUCCGACAAGCUUUCUGCUGCAGAACAGAAAGUACAAGAAUUGGAGGCACAUUGUAGCACCGUAAAGAAGGAGCUGGACACGGCGCGCAAUGCACAGCUGACUGAACAGUCAGAAGCACAGAUUUGGAAGGAACGCUACGUUGCGCUGGAUGCCCAGCUCGCUGCUGCGGUGUCAGCAAAGGAUGCUGAGAUCCAGGGCUUUAAGAGCCGCAUCACAAUCGUAGAGGCCGAAAAUAAGCGGCUGCAAUCAGCCGCAGUUGCCACUGAAGAUAAGGAUGAUGACAUCCAGAUGGACAUGCUUGUGAGAGACAUCUUCCUCUAG